AUGAACCACCUCCCCCAGGCCUGGGGCAGACCCCGAGACGACGUCUACGGCGCCUACAACCCCCACUACCUUCCACACUCACACGGCGGCCAUCAAGCCGGCCAUCCAAACCAACACACCCAGUCGCCCAUCGUAACCGGCACAUCGGUGCUGGCAGUAAAGUACAACAGCGGAGUCGUCAUCGCCGCCGACAAUCUCGCCUCCUACGGUAGUCUCGCUCGCUUCACCGAUGUCCAUCGCCUCAAAGUCUUCAACAAAAAGGCCGUUGUGGGCUUCGGCGGCGACGUGAGCGACAUGCAGUAUCUCGACCGCCUGCUCCUCAGUCUUCAUGUGGAGGAGAACUACGCUGGCAGUGGUGAUGUCGACGACAAAGAGAGCGAUGUGGCGCUGAUGAGCGCGAAAAACCUGCACACCUAUCUAAGCAAGGUCAUGUACAAGAGACGGAGCGAAUUCAACCCUCUCUGGAACGCGCUUCUGGUGGCCGGGUUGACGGAGUCGAACGAGCCCUUCCUCGCUUCUGCAGAUCUGCUCGGAACCACCUUCUCUGCUCCCACGCUCGCCACGGGCUUUGGCGCACAUCUCGCCCAACCCAUCCUCCGCAGAGUCGUGCCGGACGAAGAAGCGAGCAAGGCCCUCACCAGGGAGAAGGCUGUCGAGGCGGUGAAGGAGUGCAUGAAGGUGCUCUUCUACCGUGACGCCAGAAGUAUGAAUGAGUACAGCAUCGCAAUCGUGGACAAGGAGAGCGGUGUUGACUUGAAACUGGACGAGAAAUUGGAAGGACAGAGCUGGGCUUUUGCAGAUCGCAUUCGAGGAUAUGGCACGCAAACUGCAUGA